AGGGCGCACGUCCAGAGCCUUUAUCUCCGGGCAUUCUUCCCCGCUAAUCUCCUUUAUUUCCUCAUUCGUCAGAAGGCUAAUAAAAGUGAGCUCCUGCCGACAGAUCCAUGUAUGUACUGUACCCGAACUGCGUACGGCGGCAACCACCCAGGCAAGAGGUCGGCAGCCGGAGGUCGAAGCCUGUACCCCUUCAUGAUGAAUGAAUGGACUGACGGUGACUGUCCGGAUGCCAAGUGAUGAUAGCCAUGGCGAAACACGGGCUCUUAACCACUAACCCCCUCCCCCCCCUGGAGUUACCGGGAAUCAGAGCGUUUUAGAACAUGUCCAAAAGAGAGGGAGAGCAGUGUGGAAGAAGACGCUCCGGUCCAGCUCUAAAGCCCCCCUUGCCUGCCUCCUCUCCUCUUUCUGCCAGACCCAAAAGAAAGCCCAACACAUGGGGCCUCGCCCGCCUCGCCUCUCCCUGUCUGUCAUCAUCAAGGCCACCGCGGCGUGUGCGGAUCCGCCAAUCAGACGCGCGCCCGCGCCUUUACGCGGCACAAAAGUUGCACCGAACCAAAGCAACCGCAUCGCAUCUCAUCCCAUCCGCGCGCACGCAGACUCUGUUUUGGUUGGAUUCACCCCUCUGCUCCUCUCCGUACCGCGCGAGUCCAGCGAGUCCGUGGCCGCUAGCCCGGUGGUGGUGCCGUCGCUAUAAGGGCACCCAGCUAGCCACACGCACGGCUCCGUCAAGGCCUUGGCACGGUGCUCUGUACGUUCCGGGCUGAGCCAUGGGCCUCGCCGGCGGCAUUGUCCGGAGAGUCCUCUCCAAGAGCCCCUGCGGCUCCUCCUCGUCGGCCGGCGGCGGACGCGGAGGCCACAGCGAAAGGAGCCCGGGCGACCACAAGAGGAGAUGGGGCUCUCUGAAGCUGUACCUGUGUGGCGACGAGAAUGGAGCGGGUGCCGAGGACGGGGAGGACGACGACGACGGGACGGUCUCGGCCAGGAGCUUCGAGACCUGCGCGAUGACGCAGGACGCCCAAGCUCCGGGGGCAGCCGAUCAGCGUCGCGACAUGAACGGCCGCGCACGCGGCCACGCUGAACAAGUGCGCGUUCAGUGGAGCCCCGGCGAGCCGACGAAGCCGUUCACCGAGGACGAUGCGGCGAAGCUGAUCCAGUCCGCGUUCAGGAGGUUCAUGGCAAGGGGGCGCUUGCUGCAGGAGGAGCUGAGGAGAAGCUCCGGACAAGAGUGCUGCUACGGUGAAGCGCCCAAGAGCCCUGCCUCGGCGUCCACCAUCGCCGCGUCGGUGGAGGUCCAGGUAGGGGAGUCCCUGAGCAACCUCCGGCUGAGCGACGACGGCGCGUCGGUGUCGGCGCAGCACCGGGCGGGCCAGAGCCAGAAGCCGCGGCCCCAGGUCUUCAGAGCCAAGGAGGAGUGGGACGACAGCACGCUGAGCUCCAACGUGCUGAGGAUGAGGAUCCAGAGCAAGAUGGAGGCCACCACGCGGCGCGAGCGGGCCCUCGCCUACGCCUUCUCGCAGCAGCUGAGGAGCGGCGGCACGAAGAAGCGGUCGUCGCGGUCGGAGCAGGGGGAGUUCAACGUGGGGUGGAGCUGGCUGGAGCGGUGGAUGGCGACGCGGCAGGCCGAGCCCGGCGCCGACGACAGCGCGAGCAAGAACGCGACGGACGCCGGUUCGGCGGUGGCCGGGCGGCGGGUGGUGGUGGUGAGGAGGCGGCAGGACGUGGCCGUCGAGGAGAAGGAGAGCUGCGGCUCCAACGACGUGUCCGCCAUCAGCUUCGACGGCUCCAGCGCCGGCGCCCGGAGCGGCCUCAGCUGCUACAGGCCCGGCAAGAACCGGCUCAGGGGGCCCAGGAACCUGCCGCGCCGCAAGGUGGCGGCCGCGUCGUCGGACCACCGGCUCCAACCAAGAUCCCACAAGGUGAGCAAGAAGGCGCGGCAGAGGGAGGAGAAGCAGCUGCAGAAGGAUCAUCAAGUAGAGACCGAGUGUGUGGCCUACGAUCCCCGCCAGCCUCCGACGGAUUACUGAAACCGAGACGAUGGAAUGAUGUACAUAGGUUUCUUCAGAUCCUGAUUGCUGUGUUCGCUUUGUAUCGCCAUGAUUUCUCUCUUACUUUUCAGUUGCUUGGUGCUGAAGUGUUAGAUGAUUCGAGCUGAUCUAAGUGCGUUGAUCUGCAAGACUGACAAGUCGGUCGUGUAAAAGUUGGUCACUAAAUAAAGUACGCACGCAGGUGAUGGAACA